AUGACUUCAAACAUUGCUGAAUCUCUAAAUGCAGCAAACUUAGCAGCUAGAGAACUACCAAUCACAAUACUGAUGGAGUCAUUGAAAGCUUUGAUACAACAAUGGACAUACACAAACAGGAAAAAGGCACAAAAAACAACAACAUUUUUAACACCUACAACAGAGAAGAAGUUAGUCAACGACUUUGUGGACUCAUUGACAGAAAAUGUAAAGCCAACAAACGAGAGCAUGUUCGAAGUGGUAGAACUAACAAGAUCAUGGGUAAUCAAUCUCAAGGAGAAAACAUGCCAUUGCAACCGAUUCCAACUUGACAAAUUACCGUGUGCUCAUGUGCUUGAUGUUAUAAAAGAGAUGAACUUGAAUGUUUACAACUACUGUUCAGGUGCAGCAAAUGUGGUCACCAAGGACACAACCGAAAGACAUGCAACAAUCAAGCAAUAA